AUGCCUUCGUCUGUCGAACAAUUUCCAAUCGAACUGUGGUUGAAAAUUUUUAGCUAUCUCGAAGCUCAUGAUCUUGUGAAAGCUUUUGACAAUUUGAAUUCCUACUUUCGUUCGAUACUUGCAUCACAUAAACUUCGUCUUCAUGUCGAAAUCAAUUCGAAAGAUAUUGAAAAUACAUUAUCAACUACAUCGAUAUGGUCAAUUAUUCCACUAGAAUCCAUUCGUUUGUUAACUGCUCAAACGUCUCAAUCAAAUUUAAUCGUGGAAUUUCUUCUAUCGAAUUCAUCUCAUCUCAAACAUUUGACCUUUCUGGACCUUGACGUUAAGAGCACAUACAUAAAACCAUUGGCAUCUAUUCUCGUGAAUCUCGUCUGUAUUAAAACUUUUUCAUUGAGAGAAAUCCAAGAAGUCAUGAAUGAAGAGGACAAAACAAAUAUAUUUCCCUGUAUUCUUCGAAUGCAUAGUCUAAAACAAUGCAUUUUAGAUUUGUCUUCUUCGAAAUUUUUAUCUACGAGUGCAACUGAACAAGACAAUCAACCUGUCAAUCAGACUAUUAAACAACUCUGUAUAAAUAUUGGAAUCAAAGCAGAAUUUUUUCUCUUUCUUAUUCGUCAUUUACUUCAUGUGCGCUUAUUAAGACUACAACACCUCUUUUGGUCAGAAUCUGUUUAUUCUUUGCAAGGAUCUCUGCAGAGCAAUAUCGUCGCUAUUGUAAUUGGUACAGCAAACAUUUCUUUUAUUAAUUUACAGAGGCUUAUUCAAACAAAUCCACACCUUCGUUGCCUACACAUCAUCGAUUGGCAUAUGAGAGACAGUGAUGAUAAAGAUGCAUUACUAGAUGGCCGUUUACACCGACUUCUUGAUGGUAUUGCAUGUAUUUAUGUUGGAACCGUUCUUGAAGCAUGGGACACUGAACAAGAUGAGAUGCGAGCACAAAUUACUGCACGUUCAUGGUUGGUAAUAAGAUUCAAUCGUACUGCGUGUCAUCGGCAAGAUUCGAAUGAAGAAUUGAACACCGAUUAUUCAUUGCGAAAACUAGUAAUUUCGUACAUCGUGUAUAAGAAACACACUAAAAAUGUUCAAUGUGCUUCAAAUAUGCCUGUUCACGAUCGUGUAAUAAUUAUUGGAGGUAGCAUUGGAGGAAUGAUGGUCGCUGCUUGUUUAUCAAAAUAUUUCAAACGUAUAGCAAUCAUCGAAUCAGAUAAUGUAUUAAAUGAAACAUUGCAUAAAUCUACACCGGAUCAAAUAUUCGAUUAUCGUUGUCGUCUCGCAAAUCCAGCCUCGAUUGGACCUUCAGGAGUUGGACAAAUCUAUCAAAUUCAUGUGUUGCAAAGUGAAGGCUUCAAUAUAUUACAUGAUUUAUUUCCUAGUUUAAAAGAUAAACUAUUAAAUUAA